AUGACUUUGAUAACUGUGCUCCUUUUCCUACUUUUUACAAUAGAUGGGGUCGGAUGCAUAUGUCCGGAUGGAUGUGCGUGCACUGAGAAAUCCGUGGUUUGUUCGUAAGUUUUUACUUUUCUAUGUUUGGUACUUCUUUAUGCUUCACGCUGACAAUUCCACCUUGUGCGUUUUUUUCGCAGAGCUGGGUUUUUGUUCACGCCUCAGUUCACUCAUUACUCUAAGACAAUUGAAAAAAACUCAGGGCCAAAUCAGAAAACCGCAUGGCCAUGGUAUAUUUAUAAAAUUCCCAGAGGAACCAACCGAUUAAAUCCUUUUAUUUGCAGUUGCAAUGACUCGCCCUGGAGUCCUCAGGCCCGAGAAAUGACCAAAACAAGUCUCAAAUUAACAGCCUUUACCACUCACAUCGACUUCACUCGCAUCCUGGUCAUCCAUUCGUGUGAUCUGGUGGUGAUCCCCAAUGACACCUUCAAGAACGUAGAUAUUCUUGAUCAGAUCAAGAUCAUGGCUGUGGGUCAAGUGGAGAUCCAUCCACAUGCCUUCAGGGGAAUCAGAACAUGCCCCAGGCAGUUUGUAAUCCAAGAUUCUUACAUCCCCCAACUACCAAAUUAUGCGUUUAACGGACUUUCCAAUAUGGAUCAUCUGUGGUUGAGGAAUGUCAGCAUUGGGAAGAUCUCUAAGAUUGCGUUUGCUAAUCUCUCCAAUAUCCAAUAUAUCUACUUCAGAGAUGCGGCCAUUAGAUUUAUCGAAUCUGGGGCGUUCGGUAAGGGCCCGUGUAGAAUAAGAAAACCGAUCUAGAUUCAUUUUACUAACAAUAAUAUUCAAUGUUUCCAGCUCAUAUGAAGAACAUAACAUACUUUUACAUGCGAGAGAAGAUCCUUUGUCGAGAGAUGGGAGAUUUUCUUUUUAUUGGAUCAACUUUCAACGAGGUCAUCAUCGAAAAAGCUCAUCUUCAUUCCACCGAUCUUACCUUUGUCGGUCUUCAUUCUUAUGAUGUUCAAUUGCGCAAUGUAAAACUAACAGCCAAACGAACUGCAAAACUGAGCAGAAUCCCCACACAGAAGAUCAAGAGGUUCAGGGUGCAGAACUCAGUCAUCAACCGAUUGAUUCUCUCCCUUCUCUACAACACAUCCAUCAUCGAAUUUCACAAAGUUAAGAUCAGUCAUUUCCUGAGGGCUCCCAAUUUAAUUCCUCAGAAUAUCGAGGACAUUACCUUUAGAGAAUCAAUUAUUACACAUUGGCACAGCCAUGCCAUUAGCUCAGGAAAGGGAAUCAACUCAAUUACACUAGAAUUAACGUCCAUUGACAGGAUAAACCGACAUGGAAUCCAUGCGUCGGAGAUAGAUUCGAUCAAUGUAAUCAACAGUAGAGUGGAUACCAUAGAUUCAAAUGCCUUCAGCAGAAAUGAUUUUAACGUAAUUUCCAUUAAUGGAUCCUCAAUCAACUCAUUGGGAAAACAUUCAAUGGCUGGAAGUCAGGUUCAAAAUCUAACGAUGACUUUAUCCGAGAUUAAUUACAUCGACGGAGAGGGGUUUGGAUUCAUAAAUUCAACUCUCUUCAUACUGGAACAGAAUGAAAUUAAUUCCUUGCCGGAGAGUCUCUUCAAAAGUUCCAUGGUAAAACCAGUUUUUUUGGUGAUUAUAAAUUUUAUUUCAAAUUAUAAUUAUAUUCAAUUCCUCUUGUAGAUUGACGAACUUUUGGUUAAAAACUGCACGUUUGGCGGUGUAGUCUCAGAAGACAGCUUUAACGGCCUUAUGGUGAACAAACUGAAUGUGAUCGACUCCUCGUUCAAUUGCUCCGAAUCACCUUGUGAAUUCAAUUCCAUGUUAUUCAAGUCAAGUAUCAAUUCAAUGGCCUGGAAUUUCGAGAGAAAUCGCUGUCUCUCAAGUGAAGACGUCUGUGUGGAAGAAAAAGACUAUGAACCACAUCCAGGAAUUAAAUGCCGAAAAAGGAAGUUGAUUGUAGAGUGUAUUUGCAGCGACGAGUCUGUGGAGCCCGUUUUUUGGAUGGCUGAUAAUGUUACAGUAGUCACGAUCGGAGAUUGUAAACGUCUGAAGAUUGUGAAGAGUGAGAAUGAGAAUCCGUCCAUCCAGGUUAUGUAUUUAUAUCGAAUAGAACUCCUCGAUAUAGCCUCAGUAGAUCCCUCUCUGAAUCAACUUCAUGUUCUCCAUUCACAUGUCUAUUUCUCUCAAUCGUAUGGUCUUUCUUUUCUAAAUUUAUAUAAUCUAAACUUUAUUGGGACCUUUAUUCAUAACAUUGCCCCUCUGGCAUUUACUUCUACAACUGUUGACUAUCUUCUAAUCAACGAAACUACCAUCCGCUCAGCCAGUGGAAACUCGUUUUCCAACGCUCAGAUUGACAGUAUAGAGAUCUUUCACAGUAAUAUCUUCUCAUUUGGCAACUGGCUGGAGAGAACUCGAGAACUCAGAGCUCGAAAUAGUUUCCUCCAUGACAUGUAUGGCAUAGAGAAUGUGACCGAAAUAUGUCUGGUUAAUAACAGUAUCAACUGUGCUUGUGUCACCAAUCCAUCUCCAUUUCAGAUUCUUUGUGAGAGUAUUUCCAGUCAAUGUCUGGAAUUUGUGGAUCUUGAUGGGAAACAGCGACUUGGAUGUGAAGCUCAAUUAGCCCCUUUAGAAGUUAGGAAUCUGUUAAGCAGUACUGCUACCUACAAUCCCCGGUAUCUAGUAUCUUUAGUCUUGCUUGUUAUUGCUUUCUAA